CGUCUCUCAACCUCCAAUUCGUCAAAUUAAAAAUUAUCAAUGACAAGAACUUGAGAUGUCUCCUCUCCUCCACUCUCCUUAAUAAUGGCCUAAUUCAAAAAUCUUUGCUUAUUCUUUUUCCCCUAAAUUAAACAAUAAAAUCUAAUUUAUAUAUUUAAUUAUGAAUUGAAAAGGUAAUUAAUUUUGUAUUCGAUAAUACCGAUUGGGAUACCGAAGUACCGAUUGGGAUACCGAAAUAUUUAGGGAUUGGAUUGGGAUACCAAAAUUAUUUAGGGAUUGGCAUUGGGAUAGACUUCAGGGUGUAAUUCGGUAUUCGAGAUUUCGGUAUUCGAGAUUUUGGUAUUUGGUAUUGGGAUACCGAUACCGUACCGAUUUCCACCCCUAAUCUUGAGCAUAGGAAGGCAAGAGGACGUCUUCAGUCUUCACUUUUGGGUAAUUCCCUUCCUUUUGUCAAUUGAGUUCUUUCCUCAUCUAGUUUCCAGCUUUCAUAUUUCCUUUUUUGGUCAAAAAAUCAAAAAUCCCUAAUCAGUAGUGGUCGCCCUCGGUGAAUCGAUGUGCAGACGACGAACGUGCGGGCAGAGAAUAGAGAAGAAGACGAUGGGCUACGACAACGACAUUCUCGUUCUCAGAUCGGAAGGCCAAAGGUAAGACGAAGGACGAAGUCGACCUUCUCGUUCUCGGGCUUGGCCGAAAAAGACGAAAGACGAACUACGCUGCCUUCUCGUUCUCGAGCUCGGUCGGGAAAUACAAAUGACGACAACCUUCUCUUCUCAGAUCUGAUCGCGCGCUGCAGGGGAAAACAAAGAGCUGCGCGAGGUUGGAGAGUGGAGAGUGCCUCGUUGAAUGAAACUAUGAAGUUUUAGCUGGGUUUGAAGGACUGUCGGCUGGAUCAAAAUCGGCCGGCAUUUCGUGGUAGAACGAUUCAACUCUCAAUACCAGUCGGUACCUUGAUCUCGCUGCACAAUCUGUACUGUAUCGGAUCUGGUCUGGUUUCCGGUUCAACUAGCUGAGACGCUACGAUUUCCUGAUCCAUGGUUUAUACUUGGGUCUUAGGUGAAAUUUUAUUGUGAUAGUCAGAGCGAGCCAAGUUUUUGGCAUCGUUGUCGGGGAACUUCGGUUGGUUAUCGUGAAAAUUUUGUUUGGUGUGAAUCUAGCUUUUAAUUUAUGUUUUUUGUUAAGUUGUGAAGUGUUUGCUUGUGUUAGACGUGUUGUGUUCUUUAAGUGUGUGUAGGAAGGUGCAUGACUCAGAACAAUCCGGUGCCUUUAACACCACUGGACGAGGAUAUCAACCAGACUCUCCAACUUUUAGCUUGAGAGAGGGAGCAAGCGAAGGGGAAAAGGAGAAGUGAAGAAAGGGGACAACAAGUUGGUCCUGGAUUUGAAGGAAUUGAAUGAGAAGUUGAGAUGGCGGGAAAUCAACACCGAGGGGCUAUUCCGCUUUCAAACCCAAAUGUGGAAGCAGGAGAAGAGGAAGAGCCAAGGACUAUGGGCUAUUACAUGGCUCCACAGGCGGCGGAUAUCCAAUCUCCCAUCUUACAUCCACCCGUGGCCGCCAACAACUUUGAGAUCAAGCCCUCUCUUGUGACGAUGAUUCAACAAAAUGCCUACUUCCACAGGCUUGCUCAUGAAUCACCACGAGAGCAUGUCCGAAGGUUUCAUGAUCUAGCGGGAAGCUUGAAGAUAAAUGGCAUCCCCGAGGAGGCAUUUCUAUUGAAGCUCUUCCCCUAUUCUUUGGUGGGGAAGGCACUCCGAUGGCUCAACAACCGUCCGCCUCUAUCCAUCACCUCUUGGGACGACCUACUGAUAACAUCAUAUUUGCACAUGUUUGCACCCUCGUUUCUUGAUCAUUUUGGCUUGAGUUUUUACCUUCUUGGACUAUUUUACGCUAGGUUGUGUUCCUUUGUCACAUUUCAGGUCCUAGCAUGUAAAUUGAAGCAUAGGCGCAAGUUUCAAGUCAAUCAGAGAUCAUUUGGCAAUUCGGGAGAAGAAACACGAGCAUGACCUGAGGAAUAAUGGACUUCUACCUCAUAUUAUGGACAAAAAAUCAUGGAAUUUUGUUAUGGAAAGAAAGAGGACGAUACUACGAGCGUUUGGGAUCAAACGGCGACUGAUUCGGAGUCCGGACAAGGGAGAAACGAAGCAUUAAACAGGGGCGGAGGAAGAAUUACGGGCAGCCCCUGCCCAAUUACGACCGUAAUCGCUUCUGUCAUGCCGGUAAAUGCAAUGCCGAGCCUAAAUCUCUGAGAAUUCCUGUCGCAGAGUAAUUACGGACAAGAGUCAAACUGAUUACGGUCGUAAUUCCAUAAUUACUGGCAGUAAUUGGGUAAUUACGACCGUAAAUCCUUUCUUCUGAGUUAAGUGAAACGCGCGUUUUGGGCAAUUACGCGCAGACCAUGAUUACGACCGUAAUUCUGCCCGUAAUUCGUCCAGAAUCGGGUUUUUCAGGCAGAUUCGAGCCAAAGGAGAGGGAGUCGACUUUUUUGGAGCAAAAAUAGAGUUUUAGAGAGAGAAAGUGCGAAGAACAAACCCUAGGAGCUAUUUGGAGUGGAUUUCUCACCAUUGAAGCCCAGAUUGCAUCCCCAGGAGUGAAGAUCAUCAUCCCAGAGCAUAUUAUCCUCAUCUUUAUGAGUAUGAUACUCUGAUUUCUGUUUUCCUCUCUUUCUCUAUGGAGUAGAACUUUCUCUCAUUUGGGUAUGAAGAACCCUAGUUCCAUGUGUUAGGAAUCUUGAUUGUAAUUGCGUUUGAAUUGUGAUAUUGCUUGAUUAUAAUCGAUUGAAGUGUUUUGAUUGAGUCAAUUGAAGUUUGAUCAUCUUUUAUUGAUUUCUGCUGCAACCUGAGAUAGAUAGAAUCUAAUUAGGUUGUUAGAUCUUCUCAUUCGGUAGUAGUGAAUCGAUUAUACGAGAGUUGGUCGAUUCACUGCUUUGUAUUGGAAUCCAAUUCCAGUAGUGGAGUUCUGUGUUCAUUGCCUUAGCGUUCUAUCCUGGUGAAGACUAGUCUUCUGCCGGGUAGUUUGACUGAGAGGGCUUGGUCAACUUAAGAGAUUCCAAGCCACUGUCGGAUCUUCCGCAGUAUAAUCAGCAGUAAAGCAACCAAAAGUAAUUACAACUGUGACCUAACUAAGGAGCUAGGGGGACUCAUUCCUGAGUGACUCUUCCUUUGCUUUAGAAAACCAAACCAUUUCCUGCUUUCUUACUGCUUUUACUUAAAUCAACAAUCACUCAACUUAGUUUGCUAGAUAACAGAUAUACAUGGAGUAGGCAGUAGAUCUAGACCCCGGGUUGACAAAUAGAGCUUGCCUGUUACUGCAUUUCCGGACUGCGAUUACACUUGGUCGCAAUUUGGUGUUGUGUUUUGGAGCGUCACCUACUCAACAAGUUCAUUACCCGAUAUUGUCCUCCUUCCAAGACGGCCGAGUGGAAGAAGAAGAUCACUCACUUUGAGCAAGAGGAGGAUGAGCAUUGAGGGAUGCAUGGGAAAGAUUCUCCGACUACUUCCUCUAAUGCUCUCACCAUGGAUUCGAGGAGCAAUUUCUUAUAUAAACUUUCUAUGGAGGUCUCAUUCAAGAUGACAAGAUCCUCAUUGACUUUCUUUGCCAACGGAAGUUAAUGAACAUGACCCCUCCUCAAGUGACCGAGUUUCUCGAAGAUAUGGAUCUCAAGGGAUAUAUUUGGGGCUUGACAAGAAGUGGGAAGAGAAGCACCGAAAGAGGAGUGCGAAGUGUGGGAGCAUGUGCUCCACUUGAAGCGAAGCUUGACAAGUUGAUCGAGGUGAUCCUUGAGGACAAGAAGCAAGGAAAGAGAGUGGUGAUGUCUUGUGACUGGUGUUCAAGCACUAAUCAUGAAGGAGACAAGUACCCCCAAGGAGCAAGUGAGUUUCGUUGCCAAUGCUAGAUGAAAUAACCCUUAUAGCAACAC